AUGGGGCAAGACACCAAUAUGCUAAACGCCUACCAACAGUUGGUCAGGACUUCUUCCGGGAGACCUGGGCAAGACGCACGGCAGCAGGCUCCGGGGACGGCCACAGGUCUGCUCAAGCUUCUCUCAAGCACCCACCACGCUGAGCAGAGGAGUCUUGGGAGCGGUGAUGGUGUUAUCCACGCCCAGAAGCAGAGGUCUCGGAGUGCGGGGCAGACACCAAAGAAGGACCGGAGGCUCAGAGGCCAGAACAAGAAAGGGCAAAGCUCUGCGGAAGCUGAGGAUCUCGUCCCCUCUCCUCCUCGGAAACCCUCCUUCCCCUUCCAGUGGGCCUGGGAGAGCUUCACCACAGAUGGCCGGGCCCUGCAUCAGCCGAGCUCCGUCUUGGCCCCUGGCCACCAGGCCCUGCCCUUGCCCCCGGCGGUCCAUCACCACAAGUCCCGGCGCAAGUCCACGGCCGCCCUUCCGGAGGCCCACAGCUUCUGCUGGAAGACAGAUGGGCCAAACCUGGAGAGGAGACAGCAGCUCAGGUCCAGCAGCUGCACCUCCAUCCCUCCGGGCAGGGGGACGAGCCAGGAGCUGGAGCCGCCCAGGGAGGCAGGCCUGCAGUCACCCAGGAAGUCCUCGAGGUCCGGGUCGGAGCCCGAGGAGUCUGAGCCAGAAGGCCCAGGGGCUGAGGAGGCCGAGAGGGAUCUGAUUCCAGCGGAACUGCCCCAGCUCCCCAGGAGGGGGUUGAUCUUGGAGGAGGAACAGUUUUCAGAGGCCACAGAGGAGGCUGAGGACGGGGAACACCAGGCCCCCCGGAGAAGGAGAACCAGUUCUCGAAGAAAGGGGCGGAAUUCUGGUGAGGAGGCCUGGGACGAGAGUGAAGUGCGGUGCCUGGGGAGCAUUUCCAGCUCCACCAACCUCCGAGGACCACAGAGGAGGAAGCCAAGGGCCAAGGAGCUGGAGGGGCCGUGGGACCUGGAGAAGCUGCAGAGGCAGCUGCAGCAGGAGUUGGACUGCGGCCCAGAGAAACAGCCCUGGAAGUCUUUGCGGGCUGCUGUUCAGGCCUCCAACUGGAGCAAGAAGGCCCACGCCUUGGGAGAUGAUGAGACUUUUCUGUUUGCAAACUUCCCUACCCGCACCUUCCACAAACGACAGGAGGCCACCAGAAACCUGCUGCGGGCCUGGGAGCGGCAGCAGCAGGAAGAGCGGCAGCAGGCCGAGGUGCGGCGGGCCCGGGAGCAGCGAGUGCAGCAUCAGGUGGCUCGCUGCCUGGCAGCCUACGCGCCCAGAGGGAGCCGGGGGCCCGGGGCUGCCCAGCGCAAGCUGGAGGAGCUGAGGCGCCAGGAGCGACAGCGCUUUGUUGAGUACCAGGCAGAGCUGCAAGGCAUCCAGCACCGGGUGCAGGCCCGGCCCUACCUGUUCCAGCAGGCCAUGCAGGCCAACGCCCGGCUCAACGUGACCCGCCGCUUCUCCCAGGUGCUGUCGGCGCUGGGACUGGAUGAGGAGCAGCUGCUGGCUGAGGCGGGCAAGGGGGACAUGGAGGGCGCCCCCAGGAAGCACAGGAGCCACAGGUCAGUGGGGGCGAGAAUGGAGCCCUCAUCUCAGAGCUCCCCAAAGAUGGAACCCACUGGCAGCCAGGCUGGCCAGCACUUCGCCCCAAAUGCAGACCAAGAGUUGAAUCCCUAA